CCCAAAAACAGAAACAGAAACAAAAAUAAUAACUAACUAACUAACAAAGAAACUAACUAACCAACCAAGCAACCAACCAACCAACCAACCAACCAACACAUCCGCUAGAUAUCCAAGUCGGUUGGUCUAUGGGCCAAAGCUAUCGUAGCAUCUAAUUUUCUAGAGCAAAGAAACCAUAAAUUAAAAGUUAAAAAAAGAAAAAAAAAAAACAAUUAAUACAGACACCACAGAAACCAAAUCCUGGCAUUAGGCAGGCGCUGAAACGAAAGUUCAAAACAAAUUAAAAUCUCUCAGUUCAUCGUAGUAACUUGUAUGGGAACCGACAGUCGAAUGCGUAUAAUGUAGUUUGAGAGAAUGUAUUUUUGAAACCAAUCACUCAAACGCAUACAACAGAAAGGAUCGUGUCGAGCGGCGAUAAAGUGUUGAGAACGUGGUCAUCCAAUUAAGUCCAUCGCACUUGCGUUCGCCACCAAAGCCGCAACCGUGGGAACAAGCAUUAGAGGCGCAUUUAAAGAGGCAGGACGAAGCAGGAUAGCCUCAGCUGUAGCCAUUGGAGGGGAGGGAGCACGUGCUACGUCGCCGUCUCGUCAAAUGAUGUUAGACGUCAAGAAGACGAGAGGUGGUGCGUUUCACAAAGUUCCAGCAGCGUCCAAACCACAGGCAGAGUCGAGCGCGAACAGCGCGUCACCAGCAGCGACAACAGCAACGACAGCAACAACAAUUGCUUCAGCUGUGAACAGUGCCCGAACAGUAGCCGAGGAGCGUUCACAACAGCAAACGCAGCCACAACAAUCGCACCGCGGUGUCAUCAAGUUGCCCAAAACUAGUGGCACGGCAUUGAGGCCAGGGGCAGGCAAGGCGCCGAUAGCGACGGUUAAGUACAGCGGUGGCGCUCCUGGUGCAGGCAGUGCUGUAGCUGCAGGUGGAGGUGCUGGCUCUGGUUCUGGUACUGGUACUGGUACUGGCAAUCCUGUGCGUCUGGCCAAUCAAAAAUUCUUUCUCUUGCCCACCUUCAAGGAUCCCAGCUUUCUAAAGGACGAGUGUGAAUUGGCGCAUGCACAACUCACGGGAGCCAGCAAUCACAGUCAUAGCCACAGUCAUAACCACAGCCACAACCACAGCCACAGCCACGGCCGUAGUCACAGCACCGCAGCGGCUAAUCAGAGCAACCAGCCGGCACACGGAAAGCAUCCCAAGAUACUGCUUAAGAGAUCCAAGGCGAGCAACGGCAGCGUAGGUGGCGACGAUAACAAGAACAACAACAACAACAACAGCAACAAUAAUAAUACAAAUAGUAAUAGCAUUGGCGGAAGUCGCCACUCCAAGGGGAUAACAACAAGCAGCAGCACAGCCAGCAAAGCAUUGGUAGCCACCGGCUCCAGCUCGGCGCCUGCAUCGGGCGUCCUACUGAAUGGGAUGCGUCGUCCCGCUACACUCAAUGGCAAUCAAACUGUUGGCGCUAAUCAUCGGCUUCCGAACGGAACAGGGACAGGAACAUCAUCAUCAUCAGCAGCAGCUGGAGCAACAGCAGGAGGAGCAACCGCUGGCAGUGGCAGCAGUACAGCCAACACAACCGUCCACAGAAUUGACAUUAAAUAUAAUAACGCUCCAGUCUCCGGGAGUCGCUCCAAAUUUCAAACAUCAACAACACCUUUAACGCCUCCAAAGCUGCAGCCAAAAGCGGUUGCUAGUUCAACUAAUCUAGCUGAUAAUUUGAUAAGCGGCAAGGUGAAGUCGUUGAGCGGCAGCAACAGUCACAGCAACAGCAACAACAACAACAGUGCCGUCUCCUCCGUCAUGAACAACAAUAAUAAUAAUAACAACGGAAAUAACAAUAUGCAGCAGCAACAGAAUCAACAACACGACGACAUAACUUAUAUCGAUAGCGAUGAGAUGCCCCCACCAAACGCUGUAUCGAGCAUCGACAGAUCGGGAGGCACUGCACCAGGUGGGGGCGGGCCUUCAAGGUCUGGCAUUGCCUACUUUAAGCCCAUAACGCCACCAAUGCAGCUGCGAAGCGUCCAGCAGGGAUACAACCACGAGCGCAAGCUAGGUCGCAGUCCCAGACCCAAGUCCACGAUCAUCUCCUCGAACAAUUCGAAUUUUGCCGCCAACUAUGAGAAGUUCAAUGGCAGUUACAAGAAUGCCAAUGGCGAGCAGCGCGAGAAUAACAGCGGCGGCGGGAGUGCCGGGAGUGGGGGUGGAGGCUAUAACCCUCGUUGGUAUGGCAUCGAUUCCCUUAGCAUUAAGGCCUCCAUAGAGAAGUUCAAUAAUCUAAGCAAGCAGAAGCGCAUGCCACCAUUGCGCUUGACAACAACUACACAGUCGGGAACGGCGGGAACGGCAGCCGCGUCAUCUGGAGGAGGAGUUGUAACCGUUGCCGGACGAGGUGGUGAAGCCGAGCAUGCCACCACUGGCAGUAGCAGCAAUUUACAACAACGCUAUAGCAGCGAUCUGGAUACGGUGACUCGGAUGGCGGCAGGCUAUAGUAGUUCGCUGACGCGAGCGACUUAUCGCAAUAGUGGGAGCAGCACCACUCAUGGCACAUCUGUGGGUCGUCUGGCCACGGCUAUGGUUACCAAUGUGCCGGCACCAUCAAUGACCACAGCUGUUGUGGCGCCUAUCAGUAAAACCGGUCGCGCCACCAGCGGCCUAGUCUUGCAGAAUGGAUGUGCUGCAAAAUAUGCGCGCAAUGCCCACAGCUAUGAGAACGGUGGAGCGGGAGUAUCAACCAGCAGCGGCGGUUGUAACAACACGGUCCAACAGGAAUGUGCGGCAACUACAUCGGGACAUGCAAUGUCCAUGGUAACGCUGCCAAACACACUCACUACCGCCAGCAAGGUAAAACAAUGCUCCGCCUCUUCCUCCACCAACUCCACAACCACCACAGCCAACACCACCACCACUAGCAACAGCCAUAGCCAUAACCAUAGCCACAGCCACAGCACUUCCAACAAUGAUUGCGGGUAUUCUUCCACAAUAACAACUUCGUCGUCAUCGUCUGCCUCCGUCUCCGUCUGCGCUGCCACCUCGUCCUCGGCGUCCAGCACAUCGACACCGAGCGACUGUGCGCGUCAUGGCACAAGCUCUGCACGCUCUUCGGCAAUGCCGCCGGUGUCGCCUACGCCUAGUCGUUACGGCAAUGCCUCGACGUCCAUCAUCGGCUCAACUGUGCUAAGCAGCUCCAACAAGCAUAAUAUCAACAGCGGCCUUGACGAUGCCUACAAAAGUGCGCGCGACGAGAAGUCUGAAGGUCUCUGCGGUCUACGAAAUAUUGGCAACACAUGCUUCAUGAACUCUGUCAUUCAGUGUCUAAGCCACACCACAGAGCUGACACGAUUCUUGCGUUCACAUCAUGGUACACGCACGGGCGCCACCAAGGAUCAGUUGAUCUUAAACGAAUUUGCCAAACUCAUACAGGAAAUGUGGACUGCGAAUGUGCACAGCGUGACGCCCGUGGAACUGAAGCGGGCCUUCUCGACAAAACAUCGCAUGUACAGCGAUUACAAUCAGCAGGAUGCGCAGGAGUUUCUGCGAUUCUUCUUAGACUCUCUGCACUCCGCCCUAAACUCGGGUGUCAAGGGUGAAAUGCUGAACAUUGACGAUAAUCUCAGUGACAAUAAGAAGGCCGAUUUGACCUGGGAGUGGUAUGCACGCCAUGAGAAUUCGCUGAUACGCGAUCUAUUUGUGGGUCAAUUGAAGAGCACCCUAAAGUGCACAACUUGCGGAAAUACAAGCGUCACAUUCGACCCCUUCUGGGAUCUGAGUGUGCCGUUACCCUCGUCGUCGCGUUGUAAGCUGGAUGCGUGCCUAGAUCUUUUCAUACGCGAAGAGGUGCUGGAUGGGGAUGAGAUGCCCACAUGCUCUAAAUGCAAGACACGACGAAAAUGCACCAAAAGUUUUACCAUACAGCGUUUUCCCAAAUACCUGGUUAUACAUCUCAAACGCUUCUCCGAAACACGCUGGAGCAAAUUAUCGAAUAUUGUUGAGUUUCCCACAGGAGAUCGUGAACUCAAUAUGGGCUCAUAUGGCGCCAACUUGAAUUCAAAUGUGCAUUAUUCGCUUUAUGCGAUAUCCAAUCAUAUGGGCUCGACGGCUGGUGGUCAUUACGUGGCUCUCUGUAAGCAUCCAGUAUCACGGAAGUGGCACGAAUUCAAUGACAACAUUGUCAGUGAUGCCUUGCCUGAAAACUAUCUCGUUUCAUCCAGUGCCUAUAUACUUUUCUACGAACGUGCGUAAGGGUAAAAAGAACACAAACCAAUUAACUAACAAACCAACCAACCAGCAUUGUAAAAUGCACAGUAAUAUGAAAAACAGCAACAAAAUCUCCCCCUUUUUAGUGACGACGCAUCGUAGAAUUGCAUAAAACUUAAACUAAAAGAAAUUAAAAAAAAAAAAUAGCAAAACUAACUCAACAAAACGAGAAAAUUCAGCAACGGCGAUUAAAAAAACACGGAAAGAAAAUCUAUUUUGAUGCAAUAAUCUAUUUUGAUUCAAUAAUAUUUAUAAUUGGUAUGCAUCGGCCAUAAUGAUUGAUGUUGAAUGAUAAAGAAACUGUAUAUAUAAAAACAAAACGAAAUUCGAUGCUAAAGGAAAAAUCAAGUUAAUGAACAUGAAUAUUUUGUGUAAACUCCCGGCAAACCAAACAGCGAACAUCUCUAAAAAUUUUGAUGCGCAGCAGAGAAAAUGCUUUAGUAAUAAUAAUAACAACAACAACAGCAACCACAGUAGCAGCAGUAGCCAGCAACUGCAACAAAACCUAAAUUUGUUCUGCAUUUCUUUGCCAUCAUUUUCUAUCAUUUUCCGACAUUUUUGGCUAACUAGUUCUAAAUUGACUUGUCACUUUGUUAGAGAGAAUUACCAAAACCAAAAAUAAGCUGUCUUUUGAAAUAUUUAUUGUUAAUUGUUGACAGGCGUAGCCAUCUAUCUCGUUUAUGUGUUGUUGCUUAUUAAAAACAGAAAUAAUAAUAAUAAAAAUAAAAAAAAACAGUCAA